AUGAAAAUUGGAUAUCGUAUCAAUAACUUCAGGGGUCUCAGUGACGUUGAAUUCAGAGUUAUGGCAUGCUUGUGCAGUAAAUCUCAGUUGGUAGAUGGUCCCACCACAAGCAUUCCUAACGAUUUCAAAAUUCCAUCUCAGCUGCUCUGCCAAGUCAAAAAUCUCGCACUUCAUGCUCACAAAGAAACAGACGAAAUCUAUGCAGAAAUUAGUCUCCAACCAUUGGAUUAUAAAAACGGCUACUUUCCUAUAUCUCUGAUUGGGUUAAAGGCCACUCCUACGAAGCAUCGCUUCUACAAAACGUUAACUGCCAGUGACAUCAGCAUACAUAGUAGCAGCUUGUUGGUACCGCAAGCGACAGCAGAGUUACUCUUUCCGCCAUUGGAUUACACAGUGAAACCAACAACCCAGGAGCUCCUUGUCCGAGAUUUGCAUGAUAAUACUUGGACAUUUAAACAUACACAUUGCGGUCGGCCAAAGAGACAUGUUCUCAGUAGUGGAUGGAACUUGUUUGUUAGGUCAAAAAGGCUUAAAGUAGGAGAUACUGUCAUUUUUAUCAGGGAUGAGAAGUCGCAAUUACUCGUUGGUAUCAGACGUGCUAAUCGUCAACAGGCAUCAUCUCCUGAUAGUAUGCACUCUGGUGUGCUUGCUGUUGUUGCUCAAGCUCUUGCUAAUCGAAGCCCAUGGACUGUUUACUACAAUCCAAGAGUUUGUACUUCAGAAUUUGUUAUUCCACAUGCUAAAUACAUAAAAGCAAAACAUCUGUCUCAAUUGUCAGUUGGCUUGAGAUUUGGUAUGAUGUUUGAGACACAAGAAUUUUGUAAGCACAGUGAUUUGGAUCCUCUAAUGUGGCCUGGUUCUAAAUGGAGAAAUAUUCAAGUGGAGUGGGACGAGCAGGAU